AUGGACUCCCCACUGAGCUCUCUCUUUACAAGAAGAGAAGAAGAGAGGGACAUUUUCAAGAGUUUGGGAAGGAGGAAAUACAGUCUUUACAACUCCAGAAAAGAGAAAACCAACUUCUUUCUCAUCCUACAAGAUCGGAAUCCAGCUUUGUCUCUUCUGUGAUUCAAGAAACCACACUAAUCCAUUGGUUUAGACGUUAGAAGAAGACGACAAUGGAUUUGGAGAGAUUCGGUUCUGGAAGACGAGUAAGCCGGAGCAGGAGCAGAGGGAGUUGGGGUGUGGAGGAUGUGUUCUCAGCUUCCCGGCGUUCUCGCCGGAGCAACCUCGACGACGACGAAGAGGCUCUAAGAUGGGCUGCUCUGGAGAAGCUGCCGACCUACGAUCGAUUAAGAACAAGUAUAAUAAAAUCUUUCGAGGACAACGAUCACAACAACCAAGGCAACAGAGUGGUGCACAAGGAAGUCGACGUGAGAAAACUCGACAUCAAUGAUCGACAAAACUUCAUCGACAGACUUUUCAAGGUUGCAGAAGAAGACAAUGAGAAGUUCUUGAAGAAGUUCAGAAAUCGUAUUGAUAAGGUGGGAAUUCGACUCCCAACAGUGGAAGUUAGGUUCGAGCAUUUGACGAUCGAAGCCGACUGCUACAUUGGCACCCGAGCUCUUCCAACCCUUCCAAACGCGGCCUUAAACAUCGCCGAGACGGGUCUGGGGCUACUCGGGAUCAGAUUAGCCAAGCAAACAAAACUUACCAUCCUAAAAGAUGCCUCGGGCAUUGUUAAACCGUCAAGGAUGACUCUUCUGUUAGGCCCACCAUCCUCUGGGAAGACGACACUACUGCUGGCCUUAGCCGGAAAAUUGGACUCCAGCUUAAAGGUCAGAGGGGAAGUGACUUAUAAUGGGCAUAGGCUCAAUGAAUUUGUGCCACAGAAGACAUCGGCAUACAUUAGCCAAAAUGAUGUUCACAUAGGAGAAAUGACUGUCAAAGAAACCCUAGAUUUCUCGGCUAGAUGCCAAGGAGUCGGGACUCGAUACGAGCUGCUGACUGAGCUUGCAAGAAGGGAGAAGGAGGCAGGCAUAGUCCCAGAGGCAGAGGUUGAUCUUUUCAUGAAGGCAACUGCAAUGGAAGGAGUGGAGAGCAGUCUCAUUACUGACUACACUCUAAGGAUACUAGGGCUUGAUAUAUGUCAGGACACCAUGGUUGGAGAUGAGAUGCAGCGCGGCAUAUCCGGAGGCCAAAAGAAGCGAGUAACCACUGGAGAGAUGAUUGUUGGGCCUACAAAAACGCUGUUUAUGGACGAGAUAUCAACUGGGCUGGACAGCUCUACUACAUUUCAGAUUGUGAAGUGCUUGCAGCAGAUUGUCCAUUUAACUGAGGCCACCAUCUUGAUGUCCCUACUCCAGCCUGCCCCUGAGACGUUCGAUCUCUUCGAUGAUAUUAUUCUCUUAUCGGAAGGCCAGAUCGUCUAUCAGGGCCCACGAGCGCACAUCCUUGAGUUCUUUGAGAGCUGUGGAUUCCGGUGCCCAGAGCGAAAAGGGACUGCUGAUUUCUUGCAAGAGGUUACCUCAAGGAAGGAUCAAGAGCAGUACUGGGCAGACAAAAGCAAGCCAUACAGAUACAUACCAGUCUCGGAGUUUGCAAACCGGUUCAAGAGCUUCCAUGUGGGAAUGAGGCUUGAGAAUGAGCUCUCGAUCCCCUAUGACAGGUCCCAGAGCCAUCAAGCAGCUCUAGUGUUCAAGAAAUACUCUGUCCCAAAAAUGGAGCUUCUCAAGACCUCAUUUGACAAGGAAUGGCUACUGAUCAAGAGAAACGCCUUUGUAUAUGUUUUCAAGACUGUCCAGAUUAUCAUAGUGGCACUCAUCGCAUCCACAGUGUUUUUAAGGACAAAAAUGCAUACAAGGAAUGAAGCAGAUGGUGCAUUAUAUGUUGGUGCACUUCUAUUCUCCAUGAUCAUCAACAUGUUCAAUGGUUUUUCUGAGCUCUCACUCACUAUUGUGAGGCUCCCAGUGUUUUACAAGCAGAGAGACCUUCUCUUCCAUCCAGCUUGGGUCUACACACUCCCAACUUUUCUGCUCCGAAUCCCGAUAUCGAUUUUUGAGUCCAUUGUUUGGAUGGUCAUAACUUAUUACACCAUUGGAUUUGCUCCUGAAGCUAGCAGGUUCUUCAAGCAACUACUGGUGGUGUUUCUGAUCCAACAAAUGGCUGCUGGGCUUUUUAGGCUCAUUGCUGGAGUCUGCAGGACUAUGAUCAUUGCCAACACUGGUGGAGCUCUGACUCUCCUCCUUGUCUUCUUGCUUGGAGGUUUCAUUGUUCCUUAUGGCGAAAUCCCAAAGUGGUGGAUAUGGGGUUAUUGGUCUUCCCCAUUGACAUAUGGUUUCAAUGCCCUUGCUGUAAAUGAGUUGUAUGCUCCCAGAUGGAUGAACAAACGGGCUUCGGAUAAUUCUACCAGAUUGGGAGACUCAGUGCUAGACGCUUUUGAUGUUUUCCAUGAUAAGAACUGGUUUUGGAUUGGGGCAGCAGCUCUUCUGGGGUUCGCCAUUCUCUUCAAUGUCCUCUUCACCUUCUCGCUUAUGUACCUAAAUCCCUUCGGAAAUCGACAGGCCAUAAUGUCAGAAGAAACAGCAACUGAGAUUGAAGCUGAGCAAGAGGAAUCCAAAGAAGAGCCCAGACUCAGGAGAAACAGUACAAAAAGAGAUUCCAUCCCCCGCUCAUUGUCUUCUUCUGAUGGGAACAAUUCAAGAGAAAUGGCUAUCAGGAGAAUGAACAGUCGGUUGAGCAGUUUAUCCAACGGCAACGGAAUGAGUAGGAGUGGUAAUGAAUCCCUGGAGGCCGCAAAUGGGGUUGCUCCCAAAAGAGGAAUGGUCCUUCCCUUCACUCCCCUCGCCAUGUCCUUUGACAAUGUGAACUACUAUGUGGACAUGCCACCAGAAAUGAAGGAGCAAGGAGUGACAGAGGACAGGCUCCAAUUACUUCGGGAUGUAACGGGUGCAUUCAGGCCUGGAGUCCUCACUGCACUGAUGGGAGUCAGUGGGGCAGGAAAGACAACACUGAUGGAUGUGCUUGCAGGAAGAAAAACCGGUGGCUACAUUGAAGGAGAUAUCAGAAUUUCUGGAUUCCCUAAGAAACAAGAAACCUUUGCUAGAAUUUCUGGAUACUGUGAACAAAGUGAUAUCCACUCCCCACAAGUAACUGUCCGAGAAUCCUUGAUUUUCUCAGCUUUUCUCCGACUCCCUAAAGAAGUCAGCAAGGAAGAAAAAAUGAUUUUUGUAGAUGAAGUGAUGGAACUGGUUGAGCUGGACAACCUCAAGGAUGCCAUAGUUGGGCUUCCAGGAAUCACAGGUUUAUCAACAGAACAGAGGAAGAGAUUGACAAUAGCAGUGGAACUUGUUGCCAAUCCCUCAAUCAUUUUCAUGGAUGAACCAACUUCGGGUCUUGACGCGAGGGCAGCUGCCAUUGUUAUGAGGACAGUGAGGAACACAGUGGACACUGGAAGAACUGUUGUCUGCACAAUCCAUCAGCCAAGCAUAGAUAUCUUCGAAGCCUUCGAUGAGCUGCUACUGAUGAAGAGAGGAGGGCAAGUGAUAUAUUCAGGACCUCUGGGCCGAAAUUCCCACAAGAUCAUUGAAUACUUUGAGGCGAUUCCCCAAGUCCCGAAAAUUAAAGAAAAGUAUAACCCAGCAACAUGGAUGCUGGAAGUGAGCUCAAUUGCUGCUGAGAUUAGGCUUGAAAUGGACUUUGCUGAGCACUACAAAUCAUCAUCCCUGUACCAGAGAAACAAGGCUCUGGUGAAGGAGUUGAGCACCCCACCACCAGGGGCAAAGGAUCUCUACUUCCUCACACAGUAUUCUCAGUCCAUAUGGGGACAAUUCAAAUCAUGCAUUUGGAAGCAGUGGUGGACUUACUGGAGAAGUCCUGACUACAACCUUGUCCGGUUCUCCUUCACCUUAGCUGCUGCCCUCCUGGUUGGGACAAUUUUCUGGAAAGUUGGCACCAAAAGGGAGAACACAAAUGAUUUGACUAUGAUCAUUGGUGCCAUGUAUGCUGCAGUCCUGUUUGUUGGUAUCAACAACUGCUCAACAGUCCAACCAAUUGUAGCGGUUGAAAGAACCGUGUUCUAUCGUGAAAGAGCUGCUGGGAUGUACUCUGCCAUGCCAUAUGCCAUGGCCCAGGUGGUUGCUGAAAUACCAUAUGUGUUUGUUCAAACCGCAUACUAUUCACUUAUAGUGUAUGCCUUGGUGAGCUUCCAAUGGACAGCGGCUAAAUUCUUCUGGUUCUUCUUCGUCAGCUUCUUCUCCUUCCUGUACUUCACAUACUAUGGAAUGAUGACUGUUUCCAUCACACCAAACCACCAAGUAGCAUCCAUAUUUGCAGCAGCUUUCUAUGCAGUCUUCAAUCUUUUCUCAGGCUUCUUCAUCCCCAGACCAAAAAUUCCCAAGUGGUGGAUCUGGUACUAUUGGAUUUGCCCAGUAGCAUGGACAGUUUACGGGCUGAUCGUAUCGCAAUAUGGAGACUUGGAGGACACAAUCAAGGUCGCAGGGAUGUCACCUGAUCCAACCAUUAAGUGGUAUGUACAAAACCAUUUUGGUUAUGAUCCAAACUUCAUGGCGCCAGUUGCUGUAGUUUUGGUUGGUUUUGGGGUAUUCUUUGCCUUCAUGUAUGCCUACUGCAUCAAGACAUUGAACUUCCAGAUGAGAUAGAAGUGAACAAGAUGCUUCUUCAAGCUGGGUUUUUUGCAGUAAAGGUGAUUGUUGUAAAUAUAUAUGUAAUUGAAGCCAUCCCACCUCUUGGAAAAUGGUGGCAAUUGUAUUAGGUUCUGAGCAUGGAUACACUAUACAUAUAUAUUAAAUGAGUAGAAGAUAAUGAAGGAAAUUUUAGUGAAUCAAUUUUGAUGUUUAGUAGAUAUAUAAAUCUGGUAAAUGUAAAGAGUUCUUGGAUCUUGUUUACUUAAUGAGAUUUGUUGUGUUGUUAACAUCAAA